GAGUGUGUUUAUCAGUCAGAGACAACAUGACAGACUGUAGACAGUAGAUACAGUAUGUAGGAGUGUGUUUAUCAGUCAGAGACAACAUGAGACUGUAGACAGUAGAUACAGUAUGUAGGAGUGUGUUUAUCAGUCAGUGAAUCUGAGGUGUUUAAAGUACAGAGCUGUGGCCGAUGAUGAACUCCUGGGUGACCCAGCCCAGGCCAAGAAAAACACCCAUCCAGGAUAUCACUGUGGCUGCGGUCCUCAGACUCAUAGGGCGCCUCGGGCAGCUCGGAAUAAAGGAGAGAUACGGCUCGUCUGUGAAGAACAUCGCCAGGGUCAUCAACACAUUCGCCAGACACGGACAGUCAGAAGGUGUUCCCUGGGAGGUCCAGCUGGCAGCUGUCUACACUGUCUACGACCUGUCGCCUAGCAACCCCAAGGAGGCUCUGGCUGCGCUGGCGUCAUGGCGAGGAGAGACCACCCAACCCGUCCCCCCCGCUGUCACCAGCUGCAUCACACAGAUCGCCUCGCUCUGCCGACACAUCAAACCCUAGUCCCUAAAACCUAGCUCCUAACCCCUAGCUCCUAUUCCCUAGUCUUUAACCCCUAGCUCCUAACCCCUAGCUCCUAUUCCCUAGUCCCUUAAACGUAGCUCCUAUUCCCUAGUCUUUAACCCCUAGCUCCUAACCCCUAGCUCCAAAUCCCUAGUCCCUUAAACGUAGCUCCUAUUCCCUAGUCUUUAACCCCUAGCUCCUAACCCAUAGCUCCUAACCCCUAGUCCCUUAAACGUAGCUCCUAUUCCCUAGUCUUUAACCCCUAACUCCUAAUCCCUAGUCCCUUAAACGUAGCUCCUAUUCCCUAGUCUUUAACCCCUAGCUCCUAACCCAUAGCUCCUAACCCCUAGUCCCUUAAACGUAGCUCCUAUUCCCUAGUCUUUAACCCUCCACACCCCUAGCUCCUAACCCCUAGCCCCUAACCCACUAGCUCCUAAUCCCUAGUCCUUAAACCUUCCACACCCCUAACCCUUAGCUCCUAGCCCCUAACCCCAGUCCCUAACCACU